CAGAACUUCUGCAAGUGAAGAUGUGCAGCUGUUAAACAAAUCAUGAGGGACGCCGCUCCAGAAUGACUGACUCACCCAGCUCGUCCAGCGGCUUGGAGGUCCUGCUGUCCACCCUGCAGAAUGCUGGAGAUGUGGAAAGCACACUGAACAUUCUCAGUGUUCUAGAUGAGCUUCUGUCGGCUGGCACAGAUCGUCGCAUCUACUACAUGAUCAGUAAAGGAGGAAGCGAGGCUCUGCUCACUGCACUAGUCAACACAGCCCGCUGCUUCAGUCCCAACUACACCAUUCUUCUCCCCCUGCUGCAUCUGCUGGCCAAAGUGGGACACAGAGAUCGCCGGAUUGGGAUGAAGGCAGAAGAUGCUGGUGCUGUUGUCCUGACUUUAAAUCUGCUUAAACAAAAUCUCAAAAAUGCCAAACGAGCUGCUGCCUGCCUCUGGGUUAUUCAAGUGUUUGCUUCUUCAGUGUCUACAGCAAACCUGAUUGGAGAAAACUGUGGACUAGAUGUCAUAUAUCGCCUCAUCCCGCAUUAUACCACUAAGAACCUUCACACUAUCAAGGCAGCCAUUAAUGCUUUUGCGGCUGUGCUCUGCACAAAGGCUAACGUCUGCCUGGUGGUAUCUAAAGGCUACAUCUCUGGACUCUUGCGGCUUUACGAAGACUGGCACUGCAAGGAUACUCAUCAUGUUGCCAUAGCAAUCCGCCAUGCGCUGCUGCGUUGCCUUCAUAAGGUCACUUACAGUACUGCAGGCAGAGAGGCAUUCUUUUCACUCGGAGGCCUCCGCCUCAUCUACCAAACAACACAGACAUGUUUGAUGAAUAAAGCUCUCUCCUGUCUCGUGGAGCCCUCAGUUCAGCUCAUGAGAAAAUGUCUGCCUAAAACCCGCCUUCCUCUGACCUCAGAUCUGUCUGCAUACUCCUUUCCAAUACCAGGACGACCCCGCUCUGACCUUCAUGUCAACAUUGCAUUCGGUGACAGCUGUGGGGACAGCGACGAAGAGGAACCUGAGAAAAAUCAGGAGACUGAAAACAAUAACUUUGAUGAAGAUUUGGAGAUUGAUCUGAAUAAACUACGCCAUCGGCCUGAGCCAGACAGACCUAAAGAGGCCCUAGCACAGUACAACGUUUUUUGCCCUGAGCUCUACCAUGACUUUCAGGCACAACAACAGUUUGCUCUAGAGGCACUGCUGCUGCCCCACUACAACACCUGGUAUUCUCAGUGGUAUGUCAUCCCAGAGCUAGAUUUGGGUUCAGAAACAGAGAAAAGUUCAGCAGCAUCUUCAUCAGAUGAGGAAGAUGAGCUCUGCUACAGCUCUUCACCUCACGGCUCUCAAAUACAUGGGACUGAUCCAUUCCAGGGGAAAUACUCUAAAGGUGCUGCACAAUCAGAUUCUCGUGAUUUUCACAUUCGCUCCACUGUCCUUGGCACCAGUCCUAGUUUUAGAACUACGCCAAAAGACUCAAGGGGAGACAACUUCCUGCAUCAAAAUGGCCAUGGUCAUAAUGACGAAGAGGAGACAGGAGAUGAGAGCUGCCAUCAGACCAUCAUAGAUCGAUUACUGGAGAGAAAUGCCUCAUGUAUCCCUCACCACGACCCCAAGCUGUACCGCUCUGCUGCCUCCAAAACCAAGUCCAUUCCUGACUUCAACAUCCUGGGCUUUCCUGACUUCUGGGGUCACCUUCCACCACAAGGACACGAAACGAUGGCUCCACGUAAACCCAAUGUGCAGAGGCAGAAAGUGUUGGAGGAUGUCCAGCGCUUCCUGAAUAAAGAUGACAUCAUCAACAAGGUUAUUUUUGACGUGAACGACAGCAGUCUGCAGUGCCCAUCUGACAGCACAGAGUCGCUCAAGUUCUUCUCCAAGUUUGAAUGUGGAAACCUCCGGAAAGCUGUUCAGGUCCGCAGAUAUGAAUAUGAUCUGAUUCUGAACGCUGAUGUGAACAGCUGUCAGAACAGUCAGUGGUUUUACUUUGAGGUCAGUAACAUGGAACCAGGUGUGCCCUACCGCUUCAACAUCAUCAACUGUGAAAAGACCAACAGCCAGUUCAACUAUGGCAUGCAGCCAGUCCUGUAUUCUGUGAGAGAGGCUCUAGAAGGUCGACCUCACUGGGUUCGAACUGGAACUGAAAUCUGCUACUACAGAAACCACUUUUGCCCUGUACGAGGCAGUAAGACUGCCAAUUUUUAUACACUGACAUUUAGCGUCACGUUCAAACACAGUGAGGACGUGUGCUACCUGGCCUACCACUAUCCAUACUCAUACUCUGCACUGAAGGCCCAUCUCAAGGUGCUGCAAAAGUCAGUGGAUCCUGCCAAAGUGUUUUUCCGGCAGCAGACUCUGUGUGGGUCUUUGGCAGAAAACUCUUGUCCACUGGUCACGAUCACUGCCUGUCCGGCCAGUCGGGGAUGGAAGGACCUACAUCAGCUACGUAAUCGCACCUACAUUGUGCUGACUGGAAGGGUCCAUCCUGGUGAGUCCAAUGCCAGCUGGGUUAUGAAGGGCACGCUGGAGUUCCUCUGCAGUAAUGACCCAGUAGCCCAGAGUUUAAGGGAAACGUUUGUCUUUAAGAUCAUCCCAAUAUUGAACCCGGAUGGCGUCAUCAACGGCACAAACCGCUGUAAUCUGAACAGUGAGGAUCUGAACCGACAAUGGUCUAAACCCGACCCAGUCCUCAGUCCAACCAUCUACCACACCAAGGGAUUUCUCUAUUAUCUCAACAGCAUAGGAAGGACACCUCUGGUGUACUGUGACUACCACGGUCACUCGAGGAAGAAGAAUGUGUUUUUGUACGGCUGCAGUGUGAAGGAGACGCUGUGGCAGUCUGCGGUGGACACUGUGGGUGUGAAGGAGGACCCUGGCUACAGGACCAUUCCAAAGACCUUGGACCGUAUAGCUCCUGCGUUUUCAUUCAACAGCUGCAACUACCUGGUGGAGAAAUCUCGCUCAGCCACGGCCAGAGUGGUGGUCUGGAGGGAGAUUGGUGUACUCAGAAGUUACACCAUGGAGAGCACCUACAACGGCUGUGACCAGGGAAUAUACAAGGGCUUACAGUUGGGAACCAAAGAGCUGCAGGAAAUGGGGCUCAAGUUCUGCCACAGUUUGCUGUCAGUUUCCAAAGACGUGAAGACCCUCUACAGCAGGAGACUCAUCAAUCACAUAGACCUGGACCAUAACACUCUGGACCACACGUCCAAUGACUGUUAUGAAGACGAUGAGCCUCCAUGCGUCGAGGAAAUUGAAUAUUUCAAAGACUGUCCCACUCUAAAAGGAGCUGACCUAGACUCAGACGUCAACAACAACAUGGAGUGCUCCGAUGAAGACGACGAGUGUGAGGAAGAGCACCAGAGGAAUAGUUUCAGCCCGUCUCACCAGAACAGCAUGAAGACCAGGCUCUACCACCUCAUCUCACAGACCUCCAUCGGGACAGAGUGA